AUGGCGACUACUACCAAAAUGAGUCCUUUAAACCGAAAUUCCUACAGCGUAGCGAUCCUCUGCCCUUUGGAAGUAGAGCGGAGUGCCAUCAGAGGCAUGAUGGAUGAAGAACACGAGCAACUCCCUUCUGUGACCGGCGACUUCAAGAUUUAUACACUCGGACAGCUCUCUGGACACAAUGUUGUUGUUGCGUCUUUGCCAGUAGGCCACCAGGGCAAGGUUUCAGCAGCACACGUCGCAAACAGAAUUUCGGAAUCGUUUCCGUCGAUUAGUCUUCGCUUGCUUGUUGGUACAGCCGGCGGUAUUCCGAGUACAAGAAACAAUAUCAGGCUCGGGGAUGUUGUGAUUAGUAUUCCAUCUGGUGAUAAAAGCGGGGUUGUUGAAUACGACCUAGGGAAGAGCACAAUUACAGGAUUUCAGAGAAAGGGUUACUUGUAUCCUCCGCCAACUGAAUGGUUAACAGUGCUGCCCCAGAUGCAAUCCGAUCACAGGCUUCAUGGCUCAAAUGUUACCCAGUUCAUUAGCGAAAUGCUGGAUAGAUAUCCACAAAUGUCUGAAUACUCACGACCGCCAGAUUCAACAGACCUUUUGUUCAAUUCAAAUUACCAUCAUGAAUCCCGGGAAAUCACUUGCAAAGACUGCGGUAAAUAUCAGACUGUUGAACGUCCUACACGUGAAGAAUCCAAUGUUCCCCAGCUACACUAUGGUCUCAUUGCCUCAGGAGAUCAAGUCAUAAAAAAUGCAUCCGAACGAGAAAAAAUUAGCGAAUCUCUUGAUGACGCACUAUGUUUUGAAAUGGAAGCUGCUGGCCUAAUGAACGAGUUUAGGUGUAUCGUUAUUAGGGGGAUAUCCAACUACGCCGAUUCACAUAAGAACGACCUAUGGCAGCGUUAUGCCGCCGCCGCUGCCGCCGGUGUCGCGAAAGAAUUGCUUGGAUAUAAAAAUCCCGCAAUAGGUACGCAGAAAUUUAUAGAAAGUGCUUUUGAAUGGGAGCUCCUGGUUUGA